UCGAUCGCCGGCCAGUGGCAGGGUACGUAAAGAAUGAAGCCUUCCCACUCUGAAUUCAGGGUACGCUACUGACGUUAACGCGGAUUCCAAAUGCCACAAAUUGGAAAGUUAUGAAAUGAUGGCGACGUCGCAUUUCUUCCUGAGGUUUUUUUCAAAGUAUGCGCGUCCCCAUUUUUCAUGACAAUUUCCAGUGUCGCUGUGACCAGUCUAAGGAAAACCAAACGUACGGCGACGAAGGGGCUCGCUCCACACCUGGACGCUUUCUUGAAGGCGGGCAAAGUUCAAAGGUCAUCGGGCUCGCCGAGAGCUGGCUGGCAACUGUUUAACGCCAAGAUAAGAAGCGCAAAAGCCGAAGGACCGCACGGAGCUCGAAAGCCGUUCGGAGGACGUCUUUGGUCCCGCGACGACCGGCGGGAUGUGGAGAAAGUUGCGGAGCGCGGCGUGGAACUACCGACGGGCGCUCUUCAUCGCGGUGACGCCGCCGCUGCUGCUUCCUCUUCCUCUGGUCGUCGCCACCAAGGAGGCGUCCUGCGCCUUCGUCCUCCUGCUGAUGGCCGCCUUCUGGACCACCGAAGUCAUCCCGCUGGCCGUCACCGCCACGUUGCCCGCCGUCCUCUUUCCCGCCUUCGGCAUCAUGACGUCAUCGCAGGUGGCGACGGCGUACUUCAAGGACUUCCACUUCCUGUUGGUGGGCGUCAGCUGCCUGGCCGCCUCCAUCCGGAAGUGGGGUCUCCACCGGAGGGCGGCCCUCCUUCUGGUCGGCGCCGCGGGGGUCCGGCCGGCCCGCCUGACGCUGGGCUUCAUGUCGGGCUGCGGCUUCCUCUCCAUGUGGGUGCACAACACCUCCGCCGUCGCCAUGGUGAUGCCCGUCGCCGAGGCCGUCCUCCGCCAGGUCCGGCGAGCCGACGAGGGGGCCGAGGGGGCCGAGGGGCGACCCCGGCGGGCCCCGCGACCGGACGCGAUGACCACAAACUUCCCGAAGAAAGAUCACCUUCAUCUUCACCAUCGUCAUCAUCAGCGGCGGCGGCGGCGGCGGCGGCAUCCAAUUCCACUCAGGCGGCGUGCGCGACAGCGCCCCCUACGGACCUGACGUUGGGCAAGGCCAUGUGCAUCGGCGUGGCCUACGCCUCCAACAUCGGCGGCAUCGCCACUUUGCCGGGGACGUCGCCGAACCUCAUCUUCUUCGAGUAUCUCCGCCAAAUGCAACGGCGUCAAUUUUGGCAAGUGGCUGGCGCUGUGUCUGCCCAUCAGCGUGCUGACGUUGCUGCUCACGUGGGCGUGGCUCUGCUGGCUCUUCAUCCGCUCAGACGUCCGCUCGCUGCGGCGAUGCGGAGGGGAGCUCUCGGAGCGGGAAAAAGCCGGCAGGAAAGUCAUCCGAGACCAGUACGCGGCGCUUGGACCCAUGAGUGCUCAGGAGAAGUUCACUCAGGCGGUCUUCUUCCUGAUGGUCUUGUUGUGGCUGACCAGAUCUCCGGGCUUCUUUCCGGGCUGGGCCUCCUUCUUCCCCGGUCACUCCGACUACGUGACCGACGCCACCGUGGCCCUCGUCCUGGGAAUCCUCUUCUUCCUGGUCCCGGCCCACGGACCCUCUCGGAAAUACGGUCAAAACCCGGAUGCGAAAAAUGUGAGCGUGAGGAAGAUGAUGCUGACCGUGCGUCUCGCCCUAGAGAGCAUGAUCACCUGGGAGGAGUUCCAGGCUUCCAUGCCAUGGAAAGUGGCCCUCCUGGUGGGCGGCGGCUUUGCCCUGGCAGAAGGUACAAAGGAGUCGGGUUUGUCGCGGUGGGUGUCGGAGCUUCUGACCCCUCUGGGCCACCUUCCCCCGCUGGCCGCCGUGGCCGUGGCUUGCGUCGUGGUCACCACGGUAACCGAGGUGGCCAGCAACGCCGCCACCAUCAGCAUAUUCCUGCCCAUCCUCUCGCCUCUGGCCGAAGUCAUCCGGGUCAACCCGCUGUCGGUGCUGAUCCCGGCCACGUUGUGCACGUCCUUCUCCUUCCUGCUGCCGGCUUCCAACCCCCCCAACGCUGUGGUCUUCGCCUACGGACACUUCAGCGCCGCGGACAUGGUGAAGGCGGGGCUGGGCGCCAACGUGAUCGGCCUCCUCGCCGUCCUAUUGGCGGUCGGCACGUGGGGCGUGCCUUUGUUCUCUCUGGACACGUACCCCGAUUGGGCCCCGCCGUACAACGCCACCGCGCCGUGACGGACGGCACCUGCAAAUACUUUUUUUUUUUUUUAGAUACAUAUUUGUGGCAAUGUUCAUGUAAUAAACUCUGGGCAAAGUAAAACAAGAGUUAGAGAAUUAGUCCAGCAUGAAUGCAGUCCACAAAGAAGAAAAAGGUAAACUCUCCGAAAGAUGAUGAUCACCUUGAAAGCACACGUUUCAAUUUUUUUCUGUUGAAUUAGGUUUAGAGUUUGCUGCCAGCUGCUCCAGUGGCUAAUAGCAUAUAAUUUCAUAAUCCUUUUCCGUUUUUGGCGGCACAGUGUCUGAGCUGAAAAGUGUCGGCCUCGCAGUUCUGAGGUCCCGGAC